AAUUGAUGCAUAUGACAAUAAGAUCAAUCAACAAAUACCUGUAUCAAAACUUACAAUAUUUGAUGCUAUUUCUUUUACUGCAGAAGCAUGGAACCUUGUUUCGCCUGGUACAAUUGUUUCAUGCUGGUCUAAAGUUGAUAUCCUUCCUUCUUCAGAAAAUAUUGAAGAUUAUUUGAUUUUACCAUCUGAUGAUGAUACAGAUUCAAUCCAAGAAAUGAUUGGUUGUUUUAAUUUUGAUGAUCCAUUAUCUGCUAAUGACUACAUAGAAAUAGAUUUGAGAUUGCAAAUUCAGGAUAAAUUAGCUGAUCAAGAAAUCAUUGAACUAGUUAAAGGGAAGGAAGUGAUUGAAGAAGAAGAUAACCAAUCUCAAGUUUCUGAAGGCAAAAUAACUAUGGAUCAAGCUAUGGAAUUGAUUGAAAGGCUCCAAUUUUUUCUAAUGCAAGAAGGAAGAGGAAUGGGUAUUAGUGAGAGUUUUCUUUGUGGAUUAAACAAAUUUAAAAGAGAAUUAAAAAAAGAAAUUUUUAUGUCAAUGGCUCAAACAGAAAUUGAUACCUAUUUUAGUUAA